GGACCUGGGUCCCUGAGCCCUUCUCCACCCGGAUAGAUACCAGACGCCCUUCCUCGGCCCAUCUGGGCCCCGCCCCACUCUACCCAGAAGUGCCAGAGCCCAAACCGCCUCCAUGGCCCCAGGAAGGAUUCAGGGGAGAGGCCCCAUACAGGGAGCCACUCCAGCCCGACACCAUGGCCAGAAUGGGGCUGCCUGACUUGCUCCCGGUGGUCAUGAUUCUCUUAACUGCAAGGCUAACGCUGUCCAGCCCAGCUCCACCUGCCUGUGACCCCCGACUCCUAAAUAAACUGCUUCGUGACUCCCACGUCCUUCACAGCAGACUGAACCAGUGCCCAGACUUCAACCCAUUGUCCACACCUGUCCGACUGCCCGCAGUGGACUUCAGCUUGGGAGAAUGGAAAACCCAGACGGAGCAGACCAAGGCACAGGACGUGCUAGGAGCCGUGACCCUUCUGCUGGAGGGAGUGAUGGCAGCACGGGGACAACUGGGACCCACCUGCCUCUCGUCCCUCUUGGGGCAGCUGUCUGGACAGGUUCGCCUCCUCCUCGGGGCCCUGCAGGGCCUCCUUGGAACCCAGGGCAGGAGCACAGCUCACAAGGACCCCAAUGCCAUCUUCCUGAACUUCCAGCAUCUGCUCCGGGGAAAGGUGCGUUUCCUGCUGCUUGUCGUAGGGCCCACCCUCUGUGCCAGGCGGGCCCUGCCCACCACCGCUGUCCCAAGCAGUCCCUCUCUCUUCCUCAUACUGAACAAGCUCCCAAACAGGACUUCUGGACUGCUGGAGAGAAACACCAGUACUUCAGCCAGAACUACUGGCUCUGGACUUCUGAACAGACUACAGGGACUCAGAGCCAAGAUUCCUGGUGUGCUGAACCAAACCUCCGGGCCCCUGGAUCAAACCCCUGGACACGUGAACAAAACACCUGGGCCCUCGGAUGGAACUCUCGGACUCAUUCCAGGGCCCUGGCCCGGGGCCCCAGACAUCCCCCUAGGACCUGCAGAUACAGACUUACUGCCCCGCAGCCUCUGGCCUGGACAUUCUCCUUCUCCAGCCCAGCCUCCUCCUGGGCAGGACCCGCUCUUCUCACCCACCCCGACCUCACCCACUCCCAUGGCCCCGCUCCGUCCUGAGCCUCCUCACCCCUCUGCUACCACCCCCAACCCAUCCUACCAGAGCCCCUCUGCCCCAGGCCUGCCUCUACUCCCAGACUCUGCCUCUGGCGGGGCAAGGUAAUGAGGCUGUCCACAUGGGCCUGUGCUGUCUCUUCCACACAAAGGCCCAGGUGCACACGGCCCCUCAGCCACAGUGCUUGCUUCCACUGGGAACCCAGAGCCCCGAGGAAGAGUGGAUACUCGAGACAGAAAGGGGGAACAUUUUUGCACAGUAUAUCAUAAAACUUCAGAAGCUAUUUUUUUAAGUGAUCAAUAAUAUUCAUCAGAGCAUUUACUUAACAUUGGUAA